AUGGGAAAGAGGAAGGUGCUAGACAAAUACUACUCACUUGUCUUCAACCCAGAGGCUUUUGAGGGAUGCUUUGCUGAGCUUACCAUCAAGACUGACCCACAAAAUUUCAACUAUAUUGUUGAGUCUGGUGCUACCAAAAAUUUUGAACCUGCAGCAGCGACAAUAACCAUAAAAGAGAAAGUUGGAGAGAUGGAAGAUGCAAUGAAAUCUUUAGAGAAGAAAAGCCUUGGAUUUGAAAAGAAAAAUGGACAUCAUUACUACAUUGGAUGGGAUGAAAUCUAUGAAGGUUUUAGUAGCUUGUCAAGAUUGAAAGAGCUAGAGACAUUAGAUCUUGGUCAUAACGACUUCAACAGAAGCGUCAUGACAUCAUUGAGUUCGCUCACAUCUCUUAGGACUCUGAUUCUUGCCAGCAAUGAUCUGAUGGGAUACUUUCCUGCCGAAGAAUUAUCAACCUUGGAAAACUUGGAGAUACUAGAUUUAGGUUCCAAUGGACUCAAUUUCUCCCAGAAAAUGCAAGACUAUGCAAAUAGAAGGCAAAUUUCUAAGCUAUUCAAAUACAAGAAUAAUUAUGGAGAUGAUGACAUCCGAUCAAGAUUGGUGGGGUCUUGCACUUUUACGUAG